GGGGGUCUCCGCUCCUCCGCGGUCUGUUAUUUAAUGGACCCGGGCGCUUCUUAUCCUACCAUUUUUGGGCACACAAUUCCUGUGGGAGAUAUUUGUUUCUCUCUCUAAAACUUGGUCCUCUCUCUAUCUCACGUUCCUUAUUGCGAUCGAUUUCCUGAGGAUUUGAGUCUGUUUCGACGUUUCUAAUUCGGUUUUCUAUAUUCCGAAGCUAGGGUUUCGAAUCUGCUUGCUGAUUGUUCGACUUUGUUGAGGGGAAGUUUCUGAGAUUGGAUAUGUCGAACUCUACAAACCAAGAUUCAACUAGUAACGAUAAGAUCGAGGAUCUUGAUCGCUCGAACCGAUACGAUGGCGAGAACUUUGACGAUUCGUCGUCGGUGGAUGCGCUUUCUUCCUGUGGCGUCGGAUCCGUUGCGAGUUCGAGUGGCUCGCGAGAGAGCGGUCGGUCGACAAGCGAGAUUGGGCUCACGGAGCGGUUGACGGAUGUUCUUGUGGACGGAGGAGAUGGAGAUCUGUUGCUUCAGCAGAACGAUCGCGAAGACCGGGCUCUGCGGUGGCUACAGGCUUUGGAUAUGCAAGUGAUGGGGGCUUGUCGAGCCGAUGAGAGGUUGAAGCCUUUGUUGAAGACGAACGCUUCGAAUGGAGUCGCUGAGGAUCGCCUGCUGGCUCAUUUAAGUCAGGUAUGUAUCUUGUUUGAAGAUAAUUUGAUUCUCUGAGAUUUGGUUACUUUUUCAUCAAAGAGUUCACCGCUUCUGUGGUGGAAGUUUGUUUGGCGAUUCUAUGUAGGAAUUGGUGUGGUGGCCGGUGAUGGUUGCACGGUUUCACGAAUUGGCCAAUUUCGAGCCAGCAGAGGUUGGUAUGCUAGCGAGGUGCUUCUGUAUACCUCUAGUUUCUCUUCGUGUGGGAAAGAUCAGCAGGCAAGGAAAUCAGUUGUGCCCAACUGGUACAAGGGGAAAUCUGAAUCUUACAGUUUUGCCUACAUCUGAUCUGCGUCUCUCAUUCACUGGAGACAACAGUCUGACCGAGAGACUAUUUACCAUCAGUAAAUCCCAGUGCGCUUCUGUAGAAGUGGACGAGAUCCCAGCAGAUAAUUCUGGCCGAUCAUUCCAUAUCAAGAUCCCAGAUGGCCAGGUUUUCUUCUUUUGGUGCUCUGAGAAAUCGAAGCUUUUGGGAGCUGAAUUGCUUGCAAAGAUGAGGGAUUUACUCAUGAGGAAGCCUUCUAUUGCUGAAUUAACGGGAAUUUGUGAGUCCCGCCUCAGCUGCUUUGCAACUCAUCUUCGUGCCUAUCUGGUGGCAACAGUGGGUAGUUCACGAGCAAGUUCUCCAGGAUCUCCCAUUCCUUCCUUGGGCACCACCACUGAACUGUUUGAUACAUCUCAGAAUGGACUGUCCUCAUCAAUGUCGACAAAAUCUUUGCGAUCUCGGCACUCUGGAAGUCAAGCAGCAAAAGCAAUUUCUUUUCAUCAGGGUAGCCUGAGUCCAAGAUCCAGUUCCUUUAAAGAGGGCCUGCCAAGAAACUUGUCUUCACUAAGGAGUGCUGCUAGGGAAAAGUUGCGACGGCGAGGGGACAGUCAUGUUCCUGCAGUUGACAAUCUGACCAUUACUUCAUCAACUGCAUUUGAAGCAUCCUCAUCAAAUAAUUCUGCGAGUGACAAGCUCCCAGCAACCACCAGGAAUAUGCCGUACUCCCCAUUGAGUUUUCUAGAGUCACUUGGGAAAUUAGCGGCCGUACCAGCUCUUAGCCCCACAACUCAAAUCUCUUGUGUUGGCUCGCCUCUCUUCUCCCCUUACUAUUGUUGGUGCCCUCCCGGUUUGCCAACUCUGCAAUUCUCAGCCGCACCUCAACAACUUCCUGUAUCAUCAAAUGAAUCACUGACAUUUCCCUCACUUUCUUCCUUAUUACCUGGUACGAUGCCAUCCAGUUUGUUGACUUCCACACCACCUUUGGGUCUUGACGAAGCUUCCACAGUGAAUUUCCCAGCAUUGCGGUCAGACCAAUUGGUCCGGUUGCCAAUUCAAACUUCUCAGCAGAUUCCAACUUUCACACCUUUAAUGUGUGACCCAAUUGUUCACAUUCCAGUUAUUGAUAUUUGCUCUUCUGGUCAAGGCUACCUAGUUAGUGCCGGUCCUGCUAUUUCAAAUGUCAUUCCUCCAUUGCACCCAAAACUUGUGAACCCAUUGAUUCCUGGAACUGACACCAUGGUAGAAAAGGGUGCGAGAGAGACUCUGCGUCUGCUUAUUAGUGGAUCAUCCCAGAUGACAAAACCACCGUUGAUGGAGGUAUUGCCUGCUGUUCUAACAAAAGCAGAUCAGAAUCAAGGCAUACUACUUGCUGGUAGCCGAGGUCUAUACUGUGGAACCACAGAUGUCGGCGUCAUUGCAAAGGGCAUCGCUGCCAUUAGUUUGGCUUCACUGUCUGGGAGAUCUGGUGGUGGCAGCUAUGAGAAUACGGAUAUACAACAGGCGGGAUCGAGUGGCUUGGGUGGAUCUUUUCCAGAUGACGAGGGAACCACUUCAUGUUCAGAUUGUAGGGAAGAAACUGAUUGACACACUGCGCUUCUUCGCAUGGGCUCUUUUUUAUUUCCUCCGUAUAACCUGUUUUUGUUCCCACAAGUGUAGAUAAGUGGCUGUAGGUUUGCCCUUUUGAGUUGUAACUAGUGAAAAUCCCACCGUUUCUUGGCUCUCUUUUGAGCCAUAAUUGUACUAGUUCUGGAUUAGAAUGUGAAUGAAAUUUGGAUUUUGUUUUAA